GUCUCAGAGGACGUGAACAGUUAAUCAUCAACAACUUGGUUACGCAUUGUUUCCCUUGGUUUCCGUUCCUCUCAUCCUUCUCAAAUACUGACAGUGUCAUCAUUUUCCCUGAAAAUUUCAUUGGAUUGUCCCAUCUAGACUGAAUUAGCUGCUCUCAUGUUGCUGGUAUGCUUGACACAGGAGAACGCAGUCACGUCACAUCGUCGCUAGAUUAACAUUCAGUUUCGUCACCGGGCGACACGUGAAAAGGCACCGCGCAGGUACUCCACUUCAUUCUAUCUACUUUGAUCUAGAAACACAAAGAGAUCCUCAGUCAACAUAUAGAGACAAAUACAUUGGUGCAUUGUUUCUCAACAGCUCAUAUCUGCAUUAAACUGGACAAGUGACUUUUAUCGGACAGUUACAUUGUGCAUUGUGUUAUUAAGGUUUAAUGAUCACGUCGGUAUUUUUAAUGAACGUUGAUUCAUUUGCAUCGAAGGUGGCGUCUACUUUUUAACGCCAGGUCGUGUAAGGUCAACGGUGUCCGGUAAUGCGCCUACGAUAGCACAAGGGAGCACAAGAGUUAAGCUUUCUACAAAUUUAGUUUGGCCAAUGAUUGAUUAGAUUUUCUACGCUGUCAUUCAGCCGAUUUGCAAGCAGUUCCCUGUUACAGAUGUGCCUUAUCGAAUCAUUGCUUAUUCCGCAAAGGUGACAUUCGUCAAAGCCUCAGACCUUCGAAAUCAACUCCUGAAUCUUUCUCUUUCAACAUGGUGUCCACCAUUCAAACUUUAACCACUGCCACGAUGCUAGUUGUCAUGACGUCACAUCUUGCCACUGCCAACUUCGACCCUGCGACUGCCAUUGAUUGCUACGUACACACCGGAAUGAAACAUGUGGCGGAAAAAACCGGCUGCGACUCAAGCGUCAUUAACGUCCGGGGUUGCUGGGGUAGAUGUGACAGUUACCAGGUGCCAUCGCUUCUUACCAAACUCUUUGAUGUCAGUCAUCCUGUCUGUACACCGGUUAGCUAUAAGAACGUCACUAUAACUCUGGAUAACUGUGCCCCUGGCAUUGACCCGACCUUCUCUUACGUAGAAGCCACCACAUGCGGUUGCAAGAAGGUCAGGGGUGGGGCUGUCCACUACGGCUACAGACCAGACUACUUUCUUCCUUGAGAGUUAGACUGAUUUCAAUUUAUAAGUUUCCUUUGUUACUGAAAUGUCUGAAUGUUUCGUCGCCUGAAGUCACCACAAUGCAAAAGAAACAUUGAUGAUUGAAACAUGUCCCUGUUUCUUUGCACUUUAGUUGAUAGAAGAAAAGGGAAAGUGCUUGUGCAUUCUCUAGUUUAAGUUUACAUUCCAUAAUUUCCAUCAUUUCAACGAUUUAACUGACAUUAUGGUUGCCGUAGUCGUCAUCAACAUCACCCAUAUCGUUCUCACGAGUAUUUAUUUCAACAAGUAAAGAGGUGCAUUGAAUGAGACUAAACAAUUAAUGGUUGGUAUUCUGACAGCGUCCAUAAAGGCAAUUUGCCACAGACACAUUGGACUGCUCCAGUUGUAGUCCAGAGCUACUCGAACAAGUACAUGAAAUACGCAACAUUUUGACCAUGUAGUGGUAUAACAUGCAGCAACUUUAAUGUACCCAAUUCUACUUUUGCCACGUUUACACUAGACAUAAUGUUACCGUUGAACUACAAAACAGCCCAAAGCCUUCGAGCAUUCUUGUUUUCCCACAAAGACAAAAUGACCAUAACAAUUAAAAUCUCAGUUUAAAAAGAGUUUGUUACAAGGUAUAUAUAUCAAGGCUGCUCUAUUUUGUAUGCUACUUGCUUUCUUGGAGCAUAAUCUACUUUUUAGUUAAUCCCUGAGUAUUUUGGAUGUGCUAUAAUGGAUUUUUAAUGCAUUCAUCAAGGACAAAAAUAUUGAAAAAAAAUAGAAAGUGUGAAAUGAAAAUUAGGAUUAUUAUUAACUUAAUACCAGGUUAACUUAUGGAUAUACCACCUUGUAUAACUACUAGAUGUAUGACGAAAUAUAAUCUUUUUCAUGAAAUGGCGUUUUCUGACAUUCCAGUGGUUAUUAUUUGAUAGAAUGUAAUGUAAUAAUUUAAUGCAAUAUCAUAUUUAUUGUCAUGUUAUUGGGGUUAUAGAUUUUAAUAGGUAUUUCCUUUAAAAAAUACUUGUUGUUUUGUUCUUAUUACGUUCCUUCAUUUAGUUUCGGUCCCCUUUUGUUUAAUAUUAUUUGUUUUGUUUGAAUAAAGAAGGUUUACCGCUAACACAACCAAUGUUCUUUUUACUAACAUGUUCUUAUUAUCGUACUUUAAAAAAAAUAAUAAAUUACCCAAUUAUAUCGUUUUAUUGCAAUUUUAUUUUCGUUAAUACUCGUUUAUAAAUAAUUAUGUAAUUUGGUUAUAUUCUCAAGUCUUAUAAAACUAUACAGGAGAAAGUUUAGUAGAUCGCAGUCUAUCAUUUUGUUUCAUGUACUUCAUGUACGAAGAUCGUGUCAACUAUUAUUUGUCAGCUUACGUUCCCGUUAUGAUAUGACAGCGAUUAAUGACAUGAACAACUUUUUAUCCGAAUUGUAGCUAGUAGUUUGUGUGUAAUGAGGUGGACGAUUGUUCAUCACUUGUUUUAAUAAUGGAUGUUCUAAAAAGUUAUCAGUACUAUAGAAUACAUGUAAGUUUAUUUAUUUGUUCUCAUUACCAAUGAUGUCACUCACAUCAUAUCUCCUUUUAAAUCUUGAAGAGAGAGAAAUAUAGUAUUCUGGGGGUAUUACGAACGACCAAAACUUGUUUUUGUUCUGAAUCAGGUUCCUAAACAUUGCAAAGUCCUAGGCCAAAGUGGAAAAAUGUUAUUAUUUUUAGAUUAAAUCCCAUUGUUAACCAUUACUUGA